AUGGACGCUGCCGGUCUGAGGAGUCGUAUCCAGGGCACUCUCAGCCCAGAUGCUGAUAUCCGCCGGCAGGCAGAGCAAGAGCUCAAAGCCGCGGAGGAAAGUCCUGGAUUCUUGGAUGCCUUGUUGAAUAUUCUGGAAGCUGAGCAGGAAAAUUCGGUGCGGUUGUCUGCUGUCGUCUAUUUCAAGAACCGGAUCAACAAGGGCUGGGCGAGAUCUGAGGAUGGACCGAGUAGUACUGCGAUAUCCGAUCAAGAGAAAGUGACUGUCCGAGCACGACUUGUGCCAGUCAUUGCCCACGCACAACCCAACAACCGCACACAGCUCGUAGUAGCUUUGCAGAAGAUCUUGCACUGCGACUUCCCGAAAGAGUGGCCAGAUUUCGUCGAUACGACUGUCAAGCUCCUCCACGCCCAAGAUGUGCAGUCAGUGUUCGCUGGACUUCAGUGCCUGCUGGCGGUCUGCCGGACAUAUAGGUUUAAGCUGGGCGACUCCAGAGGCGAAUUCGACCAGAUCGUUGCGACAACAUUUCCUCAACUGCUCAACAUAGGCAAUAGUCUGCUCAACGAGGACAGCAUCGAAGCAGGUGAGAUGCUACGGACUGUGUUGAAGGCCUACAAGCACGCAAUCUACUUCGAGCUCCCAGUCCACCUGCGGACACAUCAAGCGAUGGUGGACUGGUGCACACUUUUCUUACAAGUCAUUGCGAAAGAGCCACCGGCCUCGUCCAUGCUGGAGGAUCUAGACGAACGCGAGCUCAACCAUUGGUGGAAAUGCAAGAAGUGGUCAUAUGUCAACCUCAACAGGCUUUUCGUACGGUACGGCAACCCGGGCAGUCUGCAGAAAGGCAAUGGCGAGGAUUACACCCAAGUCGCGAAGUCGUUCAUCGAGCAAUUUGCACCUGAGAUCCUCAAGGGCUAUCUCGUCCAGAUCGAGAAGUGGGUCCAGAAGCAGGUUUGGCUAAGCAAGCCUUGCUUGUCCUACACAUUGACAUUCAUGGACGAGUGUGUGAAGCCGAAGCAAAUGUGGGAUCAUCUCAAACCUCAUAUGCCCAUCUUGAUACGACAUCUCGUGUUUCCGGUUCUUUGCCAGUCUGACGAGGACUUGGAGCAGUUUGACUACGAUCCUGCGGAGUAUCUGCAUCGAAAGCUGAAUUUCUAUGAGGAGGUCUCAGCUCCAGAUGUCGCAGCUACGAACUUUCUGGUCAGCCUCACCAAGGCACGCCGAAAGCAGACGUUCGAAGUCCUUACCUUUAUCAACGAGAUCGUCAACCGAUACGAGGCUGCACCGGACGAUCAGAAGAACCCACGCGAGAAGGAAGGUGCUCUGCGCAUGAUCGGAACAUUGUCGAGCGUCAUCCUUGGCAAGAAGAGCCCAAUUGCUGACCAGGUCGAAUACUUCUUCGUGCGACACGUAUUUCCUGAGUUCAGGAGUCCUCACGGCUUCCUACGCGCUCGAGCAUGCGACACGCUGGAAAAGUUCGAGUCGCUCGACUUUAAGGAUCCCAACAACCUCACUGUCAUCUACCGCAAUAUCCUUGAAUCCAUGGCCGACGACUGCUUACCCGUCCGAGUCGAGGCGGCAUUGGCUCUCCAGCCACUCAUACGGCACGAUCCUAUCCGCACUAUGAUGCAGCAGAACAUCCCUCAGAUAAUGCAACAGCUACUUAAGCUUGCCAACGAGGUUGAUGUUGAUGCUCUCGCAAAUGUCAUGGAGGACUUUGUUGAGGUCUUUGCACCGGAACUCACGCCCUUCGCUGUCGCACUCACAGAGCAGCUCCGUGACACCUACGUCCGUAUAGUCCGAGAACUCAUUGAGCGCAACUCGUCAAGAGAGACUGACGAGGGUUACGGCGACUUCCUCGAUGAUAAGAGCAUCACGGCUCUUGGCGUACUACAGACUAUCGGCACGCUUAUCCUUACUCUGGAAAGCACACCCGAUGUUCUUGCGCACCUCGAAACUAUCCUUAUGCCCGUCAUCACGAUCACGCUCGAACAGAAGCUCUACGACCUUUAUAACGAAAUCUUUGAGAUCAUCGAUAGUUGCACAUUCGCUGCAAAGGUCAUCUCACCCACCAUGUGGAACGCAUUCGAGCUCAUACAUCAAACAUUCAAGUCUGGCGCGGAGCUUUAUCUGGAGGACAUGCUACCAGCGCUGGAGAACUUCGUCAAUUACGGCCACCAAGCACUGCUAACGAACCGGGCAUACCUUGAUGCCAUUGUUGACAUGAUUCGCACAAUAUUUAAGGACGAGAAGGUAGGCGGUGUCGACAGAAUAUGCGGUUGCAAGCUCGCUGAAAUUCUCAUGCUCAACCUCCGUGGCGGCAUUGACGACAAGAUUCCCGAAUUCAUCACGCUAGCCAUGGAAGUGCUUACCAACGACGAAUUGAAGAUCAAGUCGUAUAGGAUACACCUGAUGGAGAUGGUCAUAAAUGCCGUCUAUUACAACCCACGACUUUCACUACAGGUUCUUGAGGCAAAUGGCUGGACGAACAAGUUCUUCAGCUUGUGGUUCUCAAGCAUCGACACCUUCACACGAGUUCAUGAUAAGAAGCUCUCCAUCGGCGCCAUCACCUCGCUGCUGACAUUACGAGGAGAUGAAGUGCCGCAGAGCGUACAGCAAGGGUGGCCGAGAUUGCUACAAGGUGUGGUACGACUGUUCCAGACAUUACCGGCUGCAUUGAAGAAUCGAGAAGAAGCACAGCGAGAAGACGACUUCGGGAUUGGUGGUGACUAUGAAGAUGAUGAGGAGGAAGAAGGCGAGUGGGAGCAAGACGACUGGGAUCAUGAGGAGGAGGCUGAGACGACCGACGUCAAGGACGAGAGCACGGCGUAUCUCGACUUUCUCUCACAACAAGCGGCGAAAUUCAACAGCGCUGUGGGCGAAGACGAAGACGAUGAUGAGCUGGAAGAAGAGAGCUUACUGGAAACGCCGCUGGAUAACAUGGAGCCUUACAGUCUGUUCGAGCAGUCGCUUGAGAACCUCCACCAGCAAGAUCCACAACUCUACAACCAGCUCACCGGCACUCUCGGCCCCGAAGAAAUGCAAAUCCUGAAAGCGACAGUCGAGACAGCGGAUAAGGUCGCCACACAAAAUGCGGCCCUGCAGGCCCAAGCCGGCAGCACCCCUUCAGGUACAAGUGUGCCGCACACCAACGGCGCGAGCUGA